AUGGAGAAGAAAUCAUCAGGAGGAGAAGAAGGUCUUGGGAAGAAAGACAAGAUCUUUAGAGCGGAUAAGAUUGAUUUGAAGAGUUUAGACAAACAGCUUGAGAAACAUCUGAGUAGGGUUUGGUCGAGGAACAUUGAGAGAAAUCAGAAACCAAAGGAGGAAGAGUGGGAGAUUGAUUUGGCUAAGCUGGAAACAAGGAAUGUUAUCGCUCGUGGUACUUAUGGUACUGUCUACAAAGGCAUCUAUGAUGGACAAGAUGUUGCAGUGAAGGUUCUUGAUUGGGAAGAUGAUGGGAAUGGACCAACGGCCAAGACCGCGACAAAUCGUGCUUUGUUCCGUCAAGAAGUCACUGUUUGGCACAAACUCAACCACCCAAACGUCACAAAGUUUGUUGGAGCGUCAAUGGGAACAACGAAUCUGAAAAUACCAUCAGCUGAUUCAGAAAACUCGCUGCCUCAACGUGCUUGUUGUGUGGUUGUGGAGUAUGUACCUGGUGGAACAUUGAAAACGUUCUUGAUAGACAAUAGGCGAAAGAAGCUCGCUUUUAAAGUCGUUAUCAAACUCGCUCUGGAUCUCUCCCGAGGGCUAAGCUAUUUGCAUUCAGAGAAGAUUGUGCAUCGCGAUGUGAAAACAGAGAAUAUGCUUUUGGAUCAUCAGAGGAAUUUGAAGAUCGCGGAUUUUGGAGUAGCGCGUGUGGAAGCUCUAAAUCCAAAGGACAUGACUGGAGAAACUGGUACUCUUGGAUACAUGGCUCCUGAGGUUAUUGACGGUAAGCCAUACAACAGAAGGUGCGAUGUGUACAGCUUCGGGAUAUGUUUAUGGGAAAUCUACUGCUGUGACAUGCCUUAUCCUGAUCUUAGCUUUGUUGAUGUUUCUUCUGCGGUUGUCUUACACAAUCUGAGACCGGAGAUACCGAGAUGCUGUCCGACCGCAUUGGCGACUAUAAUGAGGAGAUGUUGGGAUGCGAAUCCGCAGAAACGACCGGAGAUGGAGGAAGUGGUGCAUAUGCUUGAAGAAGUUGAUACAACUAAAGGUGGCGGAAUGAUACCAGAAGAUCAGAAUUCCGGCGGCUGUUUCUGCUUUGCUCCGGCUCGUGGCCCUUGA